AUGGUCACGGCCACCUGCCUCAACGACUCAAUCACUUUCUCCGUCCCGCCAAUUACCGCGUCCAUCGUUGUUGUCGUUGAUGACACAAACGUCCAACCCAACACAACAACAACACAACCGGAAAUGAAGCAGCAGUGGCGAGAGGUCGACGACGGGCAGCCACGCAGAGGCCGCAAGAAGGGCCAGAGUCGCUCCAAGCGCCUGGUGGCGGCUGCAAAGCGGAGGCAAGCGGCUGCUGGCCACGAUGGCGGGGUCACUCAUGCACCAGCAGAGCACACCCAAGACAACACGCACCACUUUGAGCACUACUACCAGGUACAGGGCCUCCUGGACGCUGCCGAGUGGUCCACGUUCAUGUCAGCACUGCGACAGCCCCUGCCGCUCUCCUUUCGCCUUAACAAACACACGUCUGACCCUCUGGCCAUCCAGCAGUGCAUUGACACAGCGAGCAGGUUUGGUAUCGACUUGCGUGACCGAGCCACGUCUGGCAGGAGGAAGCACAGGGCCAGCCACAGCAACCACAGCAACAACGACAGCAUCGCGCACUACGUGCCGUGGGCCGACGCAUGGCAGUUUGCGGGAACGGAACGGGACGUUGAACAGAUGGAAGGAUACCAGGGGUUUGUGCAGUGGCUGGCUGAUUUUACCAGUCUUGGCGUCAUCAGCAGGCAAGAGAUUGUCAGCAUGGUGCCCGUCGCAUUCUUGAACAUCAAACCGCACCAUCGCGUCCUCGACAUGUGCGCCUCUCCAGGAUCCAAAACCUCGCAGGUGCUGGAUGCGCUUGCCGUGGAUCCAUCAGGUAACAACGCCAGCCGUCCCGACUCCAACCACUGCGGCGCUUGCACCUGCACGCAAAGUUUCCAACACCACCGGCCUGCAUCUUCUGGCACGCUCAAGCACACGCGUCGUCGCGGAUUUGUGGUCGCCAAUGACGCCGAUCCAAAGCGCGCAUACACCCUGGUCCGGCGGUGCCGCGCGCUGGGCGCUGCGUGCACGAAGCUGCUGGUGACACAACACAAAGCACAGAAGUUUCCGGCCGUGUUUCGCAGCACGAAGCACGCGGCCAGUGAUGACACGAGUGACAGCAGUGACAACAGUGAUGAGAGUGAGAGCGAUGAUGGUGACGAGAGGAUACGGAGUACAACAGCAGCAACCAAGACAGCAGGCACAAAGACAGCAACACAUGCCAGUCACAGUGAUGAUGAUGAUGAUGAUGAUGAUGAUGAUGAUGAUGAUGAUGAUGAUGAUGAUGAUGAUGAUGAUGAUGAUGAUGAUGAUGAUGAUGAUGAUGAUGAUGAUGAUGAUGAUGAUGAUGAUGAAGGGCGACAGGGGUAUGACCGCAUCGUCUGCGACGUCCCCUGUUGCGGCGAUGGAACGCUCCGCAAGUCCCCCGACAUGUGGCGCAGGUGGCACCCGGGAUUUGCCGUCGGCCUGCACACCCUCCAGCUGCAAAUUGCGAUGCGCGGGCUUGCCUUGCUGCGGGUGGGCGGUGUCAUGACGUACUCCACCUGCACCUUCAAUCCCAUCGAGGACGAGGCCGUUGUUGCGCAGAUCAUCACGAGGUGUGGUGGGAGCGUCGAGGUUGUGGAUGUGUCUGACAUGCACCCGUCCCUCGUUCGUCGCCCCGGAAUUGCACACUGGACGCUGCAAAUUGCGAUGCGCGGGCUUGCCUUGCUGCGGGUGGGCGGUGUCAUGACGUACUCCACCUGCACCUUCAAUCCCAUCGAGGACGAGGCCGUUGUUGCGCAGAUCAUCACGAGGUGUGGUGGGAGCGUCGAGGUUGUGGAUGUGUCUGACAUGCACCCGUCCCUCGUUCGUCGCCCCGGAAUUGCACACUGGACGGUGUUUGACGACAACAUGGAGGAACACGCGACCUACGACGACUGCAUGAAGAGCGAUCAUCUCUCGCCAGGCGCCAAGCGGGCGUUUCGUCCAGGCAUGUGGCCGCCAAAGGGUGCUGAAGACCUCGGGCUUGAGAGGUGCAUGCGUCUGUAUCCACACGAUCAGGACACGGGCGGAUUCUUCGUCGCCGUCCUGCGCAAGGUCCGGCCCCUCCCCAACACGCGUCCCCUGCAGCCGCUGCCGCCAGUUGCCCACCCGUCGGAGCCGCGCCACCUCCUCUACAGGCGCGCAACUCACAGCGCAGCGCUCAGCAGGCUGAAGCAGGCGUUUGAUUUACCUGCGGAAUUCGUUGAGGAAAACGCGUCCAAGAUCUUCUGUCGGUCCCUGCAGCAAUCAGGUGUGCUGAUGCUUGCAUCUCCACAUCUCCGCCAGCACGCCCGCUCUCUGGCACGGACGCGUGACUUUCGUGCUGUGGCCCUUGGUGUGAAACUCUGUGAGCGCAGCGGUCGUGGGGACGAUCUCCGCCUCACACAGGCCGGGUGCGAGCUGGUUGCGCGGUUGGCACGAAAGCAGGUGGUGUUGCUGCCACUGCGGGCUGUGCGCCAGCUGCUCUUCAACGUGGGCUGCUUCGUCUCAACGGCGGGCGGUGUCUUUGCCACAGAUGCGGUCGCCAAGCAGCUGAGGACACUUGAGUCUGGCGCGUGCAUCAUCCGGGUGGAGUGGCAGGACGGCAGCAACAGCAGCGGUGAUUGUGAUAGAUCGUCGCAGCCACCGAGCAAACGCAGCAAGAAGCAGCAGAAGAAGAAGGAGAUCAAGAAUAAGAGGAGCAAGAAGCACGACCACGGCGAUGAUGAGAGUGACAGUGACACCAAUGAUGAUGAUGAUGAAGGGCGGACCAAGGCGCAGUUUCUUCCAGCGUGGUUUGACAAGGACCAAGACCGCAUGAAGGUGUGCCUGUACUUCAGCAAAGGGCUCGAACUGGCGCCUCGCGCAGCAGCACGCGUCAUGCUGCACCAGCUCCCAGCACAAGGAUGA